AAAAUAAAAUGGGGGAGAAGGUUGUGAAAGCGGGCGACAUAUUUUCGUCAAUGUCAGAGCUCCUAAUUCUAGUUAAGUCAUAGCAUUAGCUUUUCUUUAACAGUGAAGUGUAUCCGUAUUUCCAGGCCAUUAGAAUAUCGACGACGAGGGAAUAUAUAAAAAAAAAAGGGGGGGAAAUAAUAUGCAAAUAUGGAAAGGAGCCCGGUUCACGUAUACAUCUCCGAUGGCGCGAUGGCUCCUCUCUCGUCCCUCUUCCACUAAAUUGUUCGUUGGAGCAUGGUUGCACUAUGUACAAGGUUACUCAAGUAUUGCAGCACUAACCUGAGAAGAUGAAGGGAUAUGGCAUCUAUCUACCUGUGGAGAUAAGGCUGUCUUACGACACCAAUGAAACAGUUCUGAAGGAUGCUUUUGAGAUGCAUGGAGAAAUUAUUGAAGUGAAGGUAAUAUGUGAUCAUAAGAGUGGAAAGUCAAAAGGAUAUGGAUUUGUGCAUUUCACUACAGAGAUUGCAGCGAGCAACGCCUUGAAGGAAAUGAAUGACAAGAUAUUGGAUGGUAGAAAUAUCCGUGUUCAGUGUGUUCACAAAAGAUGAAGGCAAAGGAUUCGGUCUAUGGUGAAUCAUUUGUUGAUUUAAAUAUUGUCUGCUUUCUCAGCAAUGAGAAGAAGAAUUCGUCACUGGCAUCUCUCUUUGUAUGCUUGCAUGGUGGUGGCCUAUAACGACAAUCAUCUAAAUUUGAGUAUUACUAGAGAUUUUGUUCUAGCUUGUGACAAGUACAUGUGAUAAUCUUGUGCCAAUUUUUCCGUUGAGACAAUUUUCUGGAAAAUUUCAUUGAACUAGAGUGUAUGGGGAACUUAUUCCUACCCAAGAAACAAAUGUACAUACUGUGAGAUCAUAACCUUUUCUGGCAUUCACCAGUCAGGUCUGUUACUGAGAAAAGAUGUUAUCCACUAAGAGAGAUUUGAGAAGUGAAUUCAUUAUUUGAUUUCUGUAUGCUUUGUUGUUGAAUCGUGAAUACGAUCAGGAUAGUUCUCCUG